AUGGACGUUAGGUACCGGCAACUUAAUAUAUCUGAUAACAAUGAACUGCGACAUGUACAGCGCUUAAUUGACGCUGACCUAAGUGAACCGUAUUCCGUGUAUGUUUACCGAUAUUUUCUGAAUCAAUGGCCGGAACUAUGCUAUUUAGCAUUCAAGGGAGACGAUACUACCCCAAUUGGAUGUGUCGUAUGCAAAAGUGAACAACACCGGGGGGCGCGUUUGAGAGGAUACAUUGGAAUGUUGGCGGUUGCGAAAGAGCAUCGAAAGAAAGGCAUAGCAAAAAGGCUCGUAACAAUAGCUAUAGAACACAUGCAAAAGACCGGAUGCGAUGAGGUAAUGCUGGAGACGGAGGUAGAAAAUGUAGCAGCGUUGAGACUUUACGAAGGUCUGGGAUUCAUUCGGUUAAAACGCAUGUUUAGGUAUUAUCUGAAUCAAGGUGAUGCAUUCAAGCUCAUUUUACCGUUAACAGAGCGCAGUUGUACGCGGAGCACGUUCCUUUUGCAGCCUGAAACGGAGUUGGCUUGA